CGGGCUUUUACAGCGAGCGCCUCCGGGCUGGGGGCGAGGCCGCCGCCUGGCCCGGGGGAGCGCCGGGGGCUGCGGUUAUCUGAACUUUUGUGUGGAUGGCUUCAGAGAACAUUUCAGGAGUAGGGAAUGAAGUGGAAGUCAACUGAAUUCUCUCAUGCUCUGCUGAGACGAAAUGACAUUCAUGUUUGCAGUGAAUGGAAGUCAUGGCAAUGUGUAACAUGGGAGGGAAAGGCACGAAUGGACCAUGUGGCGUGACUCAUUCAGACUGCAGCUCUUCUGCCUGCUCAUGGCAGUGCUGGCUGUUGUGGUGCUGGUCCAUAACUUUUUUCAGUUAGAGCACCUGGAUGAUGACACAGUUUCAGGAUCGAAUUGGAUUACAGAAAACAAUGUCCAGAAGUCUCUGUCACAGACAACCAAAACCACCGGGAAGCCUUACUGUGGGUACACGCAGCAGAGCUUGUCCAAAAGGGAACAAGUGGAGCAGGAAUUGUUGCUUGCUGCAAUACAGUGGCCAAAGCCCCCUGAUGGCAAAAUCGCCUUUGCACAAAGCACUGAUCCUACACACAGUGACUUUGUGAUUGUGAAACCUAGGAGGUUCUUCAAGGUGGGUGAUCAGUUAGAGGUACUCGUUCGUAUGAAGGAUUUCCAAGGAAAACCCAAGCAGUAUGGUGGAGACUAUUUACAGGCACGAAUUCACUCUCCUGGGCUGAAAGCUGGAGCAGCAGGAAGGAUUGUAGAUUGCCAUAAUGGCUUUUACAAAGUCUUCUUUACCUUGCUUUGGCCAGGAGAGGUCAAAGUUUCUGUGUCACUUGUCCAUCCGAGUGAAGCAAUCCAAGUCCUACUGCGUUUACGAGAGGAAAGGCCAGACAGAGUCUAUUUCAAAAGCUCAUUCAAGUCUGGGAGGUAUUCAGAGACUACAGAGUGCAAUGUUUGCUUGCCUGGAGGUCUCCCAGUCUGUAACUUCACAGAUCUCUACACGGGUGAGCCAUGGUUCUGUUACAAGCCUCGAAAACUGUCCUGUGCAAGCCGCAUCAGCCAUGCCAAAGGUGGAUAUCUGAAAGGCCUUCUGACACAAGAGGAAAGCCUCUUUUUCCAAAGUGACAUGAAUAUCAAGAGGCCAAUACUCUCCAGUGGACCUGAUUCAGUCAUUGUAAAGCCCAAGGCAUUUACAGAUCCAAGCAGUAUGGGCAGAGCUGAAGAUCCCACAGCUUCCCCUUCUGGUUAUUAUUAUGAAGACCAGUGGAGGUCCAGAACACAUUGGAUCCAUAAUUUUAACAAAUCAGAUGACAUAACCGAGUGCUUACAAGGAAAAGUAAUCCACUUGUUUGGAGACUCUACAAUAAGGCAGUGGUUUGAAUAUUUGACAGCAUUUGUUCCAGAUCUAGUGGAAUUUAACCUGGGCAGCCCUAAGAAUGUGGGCCCUUUCAUGUCAGUGGACCUGAAGCACAAUAUCCUGCUGAAAUUCCGUUGCCACGGGCCACCCAUCCGCUUCUCCACGGUGCUCAGCAGUGAGCUGCGCUACAUCGCCAACGAGCUCAACAGCAUCGUGGGCGGCAGGAACACCGUCAUAGCCAUAACCAUAUGGUCCCACUUCAGCACCUUCCCCGUGGAAGUGUACAUCCGGCGCCUCAGAAACAUCCGCAGAGCCGUUAUCCAGCUGCUGGACCGCAGCCCCAAGACUUCAAUCGUCAUCAGAACCGCAAAUGUUCAGGAGCUUGGGCCAGAAGUGAGCCUCUUCAACAGUGACUGCCCAAGUACAGUAUCUCUUUUGAGCUGUGGAAUGAGGCUGGAUGAUAUGGAGGAGCUCUGGGUACUGUACUCGCAUGCAGGGUAAGUAGGGUGGCCUUAAAGUCUGGGUAGCUGUGAAGGGUGGUAAAGAGGAGCUGACUCUUCAGGCCAUAUCUUCCUGCAAGGUUGAUUCCUUCAAGCUUAUCAUUCAUACCUGAGAUUAUUAGAGAGCACCUUAAAUUAAAUUGGCAGGGUUCAAUAAGAGACUAUUUGGGUUAUUAGCUUUACUAGUUAUCUGCGCUGUAUGCCUAAUUUAAUCUGUGUUGACACUGAUUCUGUUGCCAGGAUAUUGUUGCUCAGAACAGUGUGUGAAACCUGGAAAGGAUUUUGGGAAUGAUCUUUCUCUCAGCAUUCCAGAGCUUAAGGGAUGCCUCCUCCAGUUGUGUGUCAGAGAAGCACAGUGUCUGUUCUUGUUUCAAAGUCCUAAUUAGAAAUGUGAAGGGAAUGUACCAAAGUCACCAAUAAAGAAGCACAAUCACAAUAUCUGUAGAAUUAAGUCAUGAGGAAUUUGCUGAAAUUUGAUCGAGCACCCUAGUUAGGUACCUUUGUUGUUUACAGAUAGCUGCUACAUAGAGCAAAUAGCUGGUAUUUUAGUUUGGUUUCUUGUACUACUGAAUUUCCUUUGAGCUUUGAUACACUGUGUACUUCUUGAUUUAUCAUUAGCAAGGAUAUGUGUGUUUUAUGACCUCAGUGAAACCACUGUCUCAGGCAGUUUUUGCAAGUUCAAGUUGCAGGCUCGCCUACUUGAAGCUUAAAGUAUUUGCCAGUGAAAGUGUUUCAUUUAGCAGUGAAAGUGUUUCAUUUGCCAAUGAAAGUGUUUCCAUUCCCUGCGAGCUACAGCCGUUCCCUUAUGCUCCUGCGAAGCCAGGCUGCCAACAGCGGCUCUGGUGCGUCCUUCACACAGGUGUCAGGACGGGGAGGCAAAGCAACCCGAGGGCCCUGGUGUGCUUUAGCAGUGGUGGUCAAGGCCGUGCAAUGACUCCUUUUCAGGGUCUGGCAGUUCUGUCGUUUCUUCAUGAACUUCAGUGCUGCCAAUAUAAAAGGUGGAACACCCUGCACCCAAAAGCCAAGCGUGCCCAGGGUUGCCUUCAUAUAUCUGCUUGGCACAGACCCAGGUUUGCUGGUGCCUCUCCAGCCCCCUGGCCUGGCAUUUACUGCUGAUGAUUUGAUUGAGCCUGUCUACAGUUUUAACUAGAAGCACUUUGAAAACAGUUUUUAUUAAAGUCAACUCCCAGAUUAAACAGCUGAGAAGUGUUCCAUGCUGUCUUAUCUUUGGUCCCACUCAGGCCAAAGCCAGUCUUCACUGGCUUGUGUCAAAACCAAGUUGGGUUUUUGUGAGCAAACUGAGAAGAUUAAUAAGGCAAAUUUUCGGGUUGCACAGAGUGAAAUUAUCAAAAUAUCUUUAUGUUAGAAAAGUUUCACACCUUGUUAGGUUUGCUGCUCUCCUAAGGAAGUUUGUGCCCUUCCUGGCAGAGCCCUAAGAGAGCCAAGGCUGCCAGCUAUAGCAACAGUGUUUCUUAUUGUGUUCAUUUUAAAGGGCAACUGAGAAGUAGUUUAAAAACAAAUAUAAAUUAUUUCAGCAUGUAAAAGGCAUCAGUACUAUCCAUCUAUUAACAUUUAAAAAAUGUUUAAACAUGUCUGGAGGAAUUGUGUACACUGAAAUAGCACCUUUUCUUAGCUUUUCAAAUCAGCAGUUAAGAGGUCCAAUUUGCUGGUUCCUACUGACAACUGCCUCACACAGCAUCUGCCCAUGCAUUAGCAUUAGGUAAGUGUUUCUUACAUUAAUAUGGUAAUGGCAAUUUAUCCUCUGCUAAAAAGAUGCCACAACAAUUCAGGUCUGGGAAAGUAAACUGUCACAAUGAAAAAUGAACUUUCAUCUUCAGUUGUGAUUUUUAUAAUAGGUAAAGGCUUUCAUCCUGAAUAACAACUCUAUCCUAAAAAUUCUCAUGGAAAUAGGACUUCAGACUUCUUUGAAGGAAACUACUUAAUUUGUGGACUGACCAUUAGAUUUAACUCAUAAAGCCAUAUUGUGUGUGAAAAUGUUGUGGCUGUAUGUUUCUUCUCUGCGUGUUGUAGUGCUUGCUACUGCUCCUCAACAGCAGCUUUAUAUCACUGUUAGCUACCGAGCACAGAGAGAGAAGAAAAUAUUCUUUUGAAUGCUUUCACAGUUGAGGGAAAGAGAACAGAACUGCUAUUAGAAAAGGUGUCUAAUUGCCUUCUGGUAGAACCUAAUCCUUUAGAUUAAUUUUUUAAUAACAGAUUAAUUUAUUGGUAAUGAACUUCAGGGAAAUUGCCAGUUGAUUUAGAAUGAGGGUCAAGAUUUUAUUUUUUGGGGUCUGAAAUAGACAGGGAAGAGAAAUCUGAGGAUUUACCUGCGUUUGGGGACACUGUACUUUUAGAUGUUAUUCAGGUGGUCUAUGCAGGAUUUUUCAUUUCUCUUCUCACCUUGUUACCAUCUAUCUCAUCAUGUUACCAGUUGUGUAUGUAUGGAAUAUGCAAACACAGAAGCAAUAAAAUAUUUUAAAAUCACUUUAUUUAAACUUCUAAAUGGAUUCUACUAGGGACUUAGGUUAAGGUGUUGGUUAUUUUUGAAGUUACUUAAUGUGAAACAGAACUGGAAAGGAAUUUCUCAGCAUCUGUUAAGGACCUUCCUCAACACAUAACAAAUUAAUUCACAAGGUUUUCAAAGCCCUGUCUUUCCUUUCUUUGCAUUUUCUUCCUUUGAAAGGAAGAAAUUGUAUUAAUUUUUAUAUUUUCAUUCUUGUACUGAUAAUUUUGAUUAUUAAUCUUUCAUUAGAUAUUUUUUAUUUUUUAAUUUCUCCAUUCAAAAUCCAGCUUUCUCAAAUUCCAGUGAAAGAAACUAAUUUAAUUGUUUUUAUUAGAAGAUUUCAGAGUAAUUUAUUUAUAAAAUAAGUAAACUUCAUUUUAUAUAUAUUAGUGCUGCACUGUAAUAUUUUGAGUGUUGUUUCUCAUGUGUAUCUUCUUAGGCUGAUUUCUUCCUUCUAGAAAUUUAGUAAAAAUGUUAGUUGAAUUGUUGAUGAGAAGGGAGGAUAAAAAGCAAAAGCUUCCCUUUUUUCAAGUUUUCAGUUGCUUCUAAUGUCAUCUGCGAAUGUAGCACUGCUUAAUGAGAUUUAUAUUACCAUUUUUCAUUGCUUUGCUUGUUAUGGGAAAGCAAUUAAAAAUGGAAACUUUGUUUACCACAAGUGUCUGUACAACUUUUUAUGUACUGAAGGUGACAAUUUCAUGGAUACAUGACAAAGACGAAGGUUUGAAGUUGUCUUCUAGAGGGGUGGAGGAUACUGAGGUUUUGUUUUGGUUUUGUUGCAGAAGCGUGGGUUAGAACAUUCUUCCAUUCGUGACAGUUUAAAUAACAGUAAAAAACUUCAGUCACAAAUGUGUUUUUCAUUUGUAAAGCACUUACUCCUUAAGUCCAGAUAAUUUCAUAUAUAUUUAGAUUGUUUGGAAGGCUCUUACUCUCCCUUGGGAGGAGUGAAGAACUCUGUAUGUUAGAGAAAGAACUUGUUUUGAAAUAACUUGUUUUUUUCUAAUAUAUGUAUGUUAUUAUAAUGCUUGCAAUAUACAAAAGGCUCUACUGUCUUGUUUCCUGAUGUGAUCAGAAAAACAAUUUAAAUAGCCAAAAAGCUCAGAGAAUGAAAAGUUCCUAAUAAAGAGGGCAAGUUUACUUGAACCAUUUAA